CGGCUUUGCGCGAUGUGGUUCGUUGAGACUUCGGUUACUUCUUCAUGUCGGAGAGACGAGAAAUGGGGGAGGUCGCGCAUCGCAAGGUUACCAUCAGGGAGCAAGGAGAACAGAAAGGGCAUUCGGGAGGAAGCCUUGAAGCUAUCCCAUCGGAAGGAAAAGAAUUCACCAUGGCCGCUCCUCAGAUCUCCACCACAACCGAGACGCCGGUGCAGACUCUCGAGCGCAUCGGUGCUCACUCGCAUGUGCGAGGGCUCGGGCUCGAUGACCAUCUCGAGCCGCGCGCUAACUCGCAAGGCAUGGUCGGCCAACGCUCGGCGCGCAAGGCAGCAGGCGUAAUCGUGCGGAUGGUCCAAGAGGGAAAGAUCGCAGGCCGCGCCAUCCUUAUCGCCGGCCCGCCGUCAACGGGUAAGACGGCAAUCGCGAUGGCCAUGGCGCAGACGCUUGGUGGAGCAGCGGCGCAAGGAUGCGAACAGCAGCAUGACAUCCCAUUCGUCACGCUCAGUGCUAGUGAAGUGUUCAGCCUUGAGAUGAGCAAAACCGAGGCGCUCAUGCAGGCUUUCCGAAGGGCGAUCGGUGUCCGGAUCAAGGAGGAGGCAGAGAUCGUCGAAGGUGAAGUCGUCGAGAUUCAGAUCAACCGGAGUUUGACGGGGGCCACCAAGACGGGGAAACUGACUAUCAAAACGACGGACAUGGAAACGAUCUACGACCUGGGUAACAAGAUGAUCGACUCUUUGCAAAAGCAAAAGGUGCUAGCAGGAGACGUUAUCACGGUCGACAAGUCCAGUGGGCGCAUUACCAAGAUGGGGAGGAGCUACACACGAGCGCGCGACUACGACGCCAUGGGCAGUGAUACAAAAUUCGUACCAUGCCCAGAGGGUGAAUUACAACGGCGAAAAGAAGUGACGCACACAGUGUCCCUGCACGAGAUCGAUGUCAUCAAUUCUCGCACGCAAGGCUUUCUCGCACUCUUUGCCGGCGACACGGGCGAGAUCAAGCCAGAGCUGCGGGACCAGAUCAACAACAAAGUCGGCGAGUGGCGCGAGGAGGGCAAAGCGGACAUAGUUCCGGGAGUGCUGUUCAUCGACGAGAUCCACAUGCUGGACAUUGAGUGCUUCAGCUUCCUCAACCGUGCGCUUGAGAGCGAACUCGCGCCGCUCGUCGUCAUGGCGAGCAACAGGGGGAUCACGCGCGUGCGCGGCACUCGCUUCCGCAGUCCCCACGGGCUGCCCAUUGACCUGCUGGAUCGGCUACUAAUCAUCAGCACUAAGCCCUACGAGCUCGACGACAUCAAGCAGAUCCUCGCUAUCCGUGCUCAGGAGGAGGAGGUCACCUUCACCCUAGACGCCAUGGACGUCCUCGCGCGCAUCGGACAAGAGACUUCGCUGCGCUACGCCAUCAACCUCAUUACCACUGCCAGCCUUGUUGCCAAGCGGCGGAAAGCGAGUGAGAUCGACGUCGUUGAUGUCCGGCGAGUGUAUGGUCUCUUCUUCGACGAAAAGCGAUCUGUGCAGUACCUUCAAGAGCACGCAAGAGAAUUCAUGCUCGAGUCGGAAGACUUCUCCACCAUCAGCGACGGUCUUCCAGGAAUAGCCCCGCUCAACGGCGCUCUGCAGGCUUAGCGCAAACCAAAUCAAAAGACAAGAACCGAGAUGGACAGCGGUCCCCAUUGCACAUUGUAUUCUUAGGUGUUAUGUUAAAUCAAGUACAACUUUGUCGC